AUGUUCUACUACUGCAUGAGAUGUCGCAUGCCACUUUUGAUGUUGACGAUCAUGGAUAUGAAUGGGAUGGGAUUGAGGGAACAUUGCCAAAAGCAGGACAAAUGA